AUGCAUAGCAAAAUAUAUCGAGCCUAGGAGGAUCAACUAUAUUUAGGUAAAGAUGUUAACAAUUUUUGUUUGCAAAUCCCUGGAAAUGAGUUUCAAUCUUAAAAAUCAAGUAGGUUGGCAUCUUAAAGUGAAUAAAUUAAGAUUGUCACAAAUACAACUAAUACUCAAUAAUAUCAUUAAAUAACUAAUAAUGCAGCCUUAGCUACAGAAAAAUUACUUAUUGAUUUAUAAAUGAUACAAGAGGAGAACGUAAAAUUAAAUUGUCAACUUCAGGUUUUGCAAUUGAAUAAUAAAUAAUAUCAAUAGGAUAUAUAGGAUUUUUGUGAGAAAUAAAAAUAGUUGGAAAACAAAUAUAAGGAUUAAAUAUUGCGUGUGCAAUUGGAAAAUGAUAUUCAUUUUAAGAAGGUUGAAUAAGAGAACGUAAAAUUGUUAAGCUAAGUUGAAGUUUAUUAAAAGAAACAAUCACAAUAUGAGAUUUUGAUAGAUGAUUACUUAGCAUCGAUAGAUAAAUUAAAUACAAUAAAUAAUACAUUAUAGUAGUAAUUGAUCCUUUAAUAGAAGGAUAGUUCUAUUUAAUAUAAAGAUUAAGACAAAUAGAUUCAAAAGCUUAGUGAAAUGAACCAAUAACUCUUAACCUAGAUUACAUCACUAAACAAUCAAAGGAGCACAGAUUAAUUACAGAUAAAGGAUCUAAGUAUCCUACAGUCAACACUUUAAGAUCAAAUUAAGAUGCAUUAGGAUGAAGUCACAUUACUAAGCGAGAGAUUGAAGGAGCUUUCAAAUCAAAAUUCAUAGCUGAGUUAAAUGAAUACAGAUUAUCUGAAUCAAAUCACGAUGUUUCAAACUUAGGUUUCAUAAGUAUAGAGUAAAUUAUAGCAAAAUACUUAUGAAAGAGAAACGAAAUCGAGGUAAAGUGAAUAGUAUACUAGACAAUCUACUUCGAAUAACAGCAGACAUAUUGAAGAAUUGAAUAGUAAGAUUCUAAAUCUUAAUAAUUAAUUAAAUUUGGCAAAUCAAUAAAAGCAGUAAUUAUAAUAGGAUCUAUAUUAAAUAAAAAAGUAAUUGCAAUAAGAGUAAGAGGAUAAGCUCUCAGUUCAGUCCAGGUAAUCCAAAUCAAGUCAAUAAUAAAAAUUAAUAUUCGAAUUGGAAGAGAGGAUUAAACAGCUUUAAUAGUAAUUAGAGAGUGAACAAUUGAAUAAGUCAGUGAACCAUGGGGAUUUGGAUAUUAAGAAUAAAUAAAUCUUAAUGUUGGAAUAGAAGAAUUAGAAAUUGCGAUAGGAAUUGGAAUAAUUUUAAAUUUAAAUGGGGGAGGAGAAAAGCUUAUUAUACAAAGAAAUUGAUUAAUUAGCGGAUUAGAAUAGAAGAGCAAAACAAUUAAAGGUUGCUGAAUAUGAUAUAGAGUAUAGGAAUUCAGUUAAGCAAAAGGAGAGUCUACAAUAAGAGUUGAGCAAGGCUAAUUAAAGUAUUUAAAAGUUUUAGAGCAAGAUUAAAGCAUUAGAAGAUUAAAUUAUUUAAUUGAAUAAUGAGAGCUCAACAAUAGAAAAGUAGAAUAGGUUUAUAGCUGAUUUGGAAGAGAAGUUGAAACAAUGCCAAAGAAAAAGUGAAUUAGAAAUAAAAGAUCAUAGUGUUGAAAAUUAAUAGCUAACUUCAUAAUUGGACAAGGUGCAAUAUGAAUUGCAAUAGAUGAAAUAGAAAUAUUAAAGGGAAAUUGAAGAGUUAGAAUCUAGAUUGCAAAGAGAGAAUCAAAGGGUUUCUUUAUAAUUAAAUGAUAAGGUUGCUGAUUUGAGUUAGAUAGAAUUAAAGAAUAAGUAAUUAAAGGAGGAAUUAAUGAAUUUAGAAUAAAGAUAUGAGAAAUAAUUAAGAGAAGCAAAUAAUAGAAUAAAAGAGGUUACGGAUGAUUUGGAGAUAAUGAUCGAAAAUUAUAAGAAGGAGAAAAAAAUAAGUGAGAAGUGGGAAAGUUAGAAUGAAGAUUUAAGAAGGUAAUUAUCAGCUUAGAUAGAGGAAGUUUAAAUUAGAACUGAAAGAUUAAGUGUUGAAAAAUAUGAAAGAUUAUCAAUAGAAUCUAAGAAAUAGAUUGAGUAGGUUUAAUAGAAAUUGAAUAAUGAAAUCAAUUAACUUUAGGGAGAAGUGAGAUAGAAAAAUGAAUAGAUUAAUCAAUUAAAGCAAUAAAGUCAAUAGUAUGAUUAGAAAAUUAGUAAAUUUGAAAAAUACAUACAUGAUUUAGAAGAUUAAUUACAAUAAUUGAGUAAAAAGGAGGAAUUGUAGAAUUAAUCUAAAAAUUAAUCAUUGGCAGAUUCUUUGAAUGUUAAGAUUAUGCAACUAGAAAAUAAUUUAAUAAAGGCUUAGAAGAAGGAAGAUUAACUAGUCUAACGUAUUCGCUAGUUGGAACAAUAACAGAAUUCAUUUAGGAAUACAUCAGAGUAAAGGGAAUUGGAGUAAAGGAAUAAUUAAAUGUUUGAGGAGAUAUAAAUAUUAGUGUAAACAAUUAAAAGUCAAGAUUUUGAAAUGUAAACAAUGAAGAAUGAAUUAGUUUAAUAUUAGAAAGAAGUUUCAUUUAUGAAGGAAGUUGUAAAAGAAGACACUAGUAGAUUGGAAACAUCAAUGUUGGAUGAUAAGAAUAGAAGAAUUAUUGAAUUAGAGAACAAGUGUGCAUUAUUAGCUAAUGAAAAUACAAGAUUAAAUUAAUUGAAAACAAAAUAAGCUGAUGAUUGGCAGAAAAAGUAUGAUAAAUUAAAAGAGGAAACGGAAAGAAAUUUAAACUUAGGAGAAUAGAAUGAAUAGAACAAAAAAAAUGUGAUAAUUUCUAGUAAUAUUAGAUAAAUUUCAAAUGCAAAAUGA